AUGCAGCGGCUCCCAGGCACGCAGGCUCAGCUGCCCACACUCACUCAUCUUCGAGACCCCCGGGCAGAGACAAGGAAAGGCCUUGGCCCACUCCAGAGGAAAAAGCCCACUCCAGGAGGCUUGCUGCCACACUGCACCAUGCCCAUGCCAGCCCCGAGGCUGGCUGCGGGAAUGCCCGCUGACCCAUCAGGACCCACCCCGGCUGAAGCGCCCCUGAAGGAGCCACUGUCCACCCCCCUUGUGGACAGGCCACCGAGACUGAGGGACCUAUUGCACACACACAAUGUCCACUCAUGGGCCCUGCAGCAGCCUCCAGCCCCUGACUGCAACCUGGAGGUGGCAGCCCCACACGACCUGCUCAGUGUGGUGGCCAGCACGCUUGACAAGAAAAGACAGCAGGAAUCUUCCAGCUGCACAGGCAGGAAAUGGGCCUCCGCGCCGCUCCGGGCUGCCCUGGCUGGCAUCGCUGCCCGCAGCCCGGCUUAUGCCUGUCCUGGGCGAUUUGACGACCCGCUGCACAGAGGCCCGCGGGGCUCGCGCAGGCUGGCCGGGUAUUGUGCCGAUCAGCAAAAGCGCCUGGCUAAGCCCUUGCCCUCGGGGUCAGCAGAUUGGACGAACAGUCCCCCUGAGACCCCACCAUGGUGCUCGGGAAGAAGCGAGGGGCCCAUCGUGCUCCACCAGCCCCACCAGGUCAAAGGCUGUCUGCUGCUCCUGGCCAGCCGAGUCAACUGUUCAUUUUAUUUCAAAAUUGGAGCAUGUCGUCAUGGAGACAGAUGUUCUCGGUUGCACAAUAAACCGACCUUUAGCCAGACCAUCUUGAUUCAAAACAUCUAUCGUAAUCCCCAAAACAGUGCACAGACGGCUGACGGCUCACACUACCAUUGCCCUCUUGAACAUUUACCGUAACCCUCAAAAC